GUAGCAUGCAUGGUGGGUCCUGUCGCUGUGUGUCUUUGUCCCCUCAGAGACUCAGAGAGGAGCAACAUGUCCGCCGUGCAGCUGCUGCGGGAGUCGGUACAUGAGCGGAUCCUCGCUGCCGCUGAAGACUUCCUGAUGCAGGUGGAGGAAGGAGGAGGAAAGGCUCGAGUCCCGGAGCUGAGAGCGAUGCUCACCGAGCGGCUAAUGGCGGCGGGGGAGCAGAUCCUCGCUGGGCUUGAGGAAACCUUGUUAGAGUCCGAGGAGCGGUCCGAGCGGGAGAUCUGCCGCCAGAGGAGGCUGCUCGAUGCCGUGAUGCAGCCCGAAGUCCGGCUGCACAGAGCAGUGUGUCCUGCAGUCGUCCAGCAACUGAUGGUGAUUAAAGAAGAGGUUCCCACUGAGGAGCAGAAGUGGAGCCCCUUUGUGGACAAGAAGGACCCAGAGCCCCCCCACAUUAAAGAGGAACAGGAGGAACCGUGGACCAAUCAGGAUGGACAGCAGCUUCAAGGACUGGAGGAGGCUGAUAUCAAGUUCACAUUGACUCCUGUCGCUGUGAAGAGUGAAGAAGAUGAAGAGAAACUUAAAUCGUCAAAGCUUCAUCCGAGUGAGAUGAAGGAGAACAGAGUGGACUGUGGAGGACCAGAACCAGCCAGGAACUCAGGUCCUGAUGGACGUUUACAACCAGGUCCUGAGGAGAAGACUGAAGACUCUUCUGAGACUGAAGAGAGUGAGGAUGAUUGGAUGGAGACCAGGGAACCUCAGACUGGUUUAAAUACAAGAAAUAACAAACAGCCUCUAAGUGAUAUGGGAUGUAAGACAGAAAAAAAAUUGUUUAGCUGCUCUGAGUGUGGUAAAAGAUGUAUCCAUAGGGGAGAUCUAAAUAGACAUAUGAGGAUUCAUACAGGAGAGAAGUCGUUUAGCUGCUCUGAGUGUGGUAAAAGAUUUAACCGUAGGGGCAAUCUAAAUACACAUAUGAGGACUCAUACAGGUGAGAAACCGUUCAGCUGCUCUGAGUGUGGUGAAAGUUUUACCCAAAGGAACCAUCUAAAUACACAUAUGAUGAUUCAUACAGGAGAGAAACCGUUCAGCUGCUCUGAGUGUGGUAAAAGAUUUAGCCAUAGGGGAGCUCUAAAUAAACAUGUGAGGAUUCAUACAGGUGAGAAACCGUUUUGUUGCCUUGAGUGUGGUAAAAGAUUUACCACAAGGGGCAAUCUAAAUUCACAUAUGAGGAUUCAUACAGGAGAGAAGCCGUUCAGUUGACCUGAGUGUGGUAAAAGAUUAAAGAUUCAGUCCUAUUGUACGAGACGUGAGGAUUCAUAAAGGAGAGAAGUGACUACGUUGCAACCUUUGCAACAAAAGAGUUAUUAGGGUUUAUCAGCAAAUAUUCAUAUUAUACAUAUUCAUAGUUCACUGUUUUAAAUAGACUUAACAGUUAUUAUGUCCCUAGAAAAUACAACUCUUUGAAUAACACAAAAGAUUUGUGUUUAUAUGUCUUGUUUCUACUUUUUUUUUUACAUAAUUUAUCUUUUUUUCAUAAUGUCCUUGUCGUUUAAGGUUAAAGUGUGUUCCUUGCACAGUAUGAAUGUGUCUUUCAAACUAGUUCAUAUGAUUAACUACGUUUGUUUAAAUCAAUGGUUUCUUGGUUGGUGAGAUUCAAUGACAGUGUGUGUUCUCCUUUAUGUAUUGAAUGUGUUUCCAAGAAU